AUGCUGAAUGAAGCGGCCAGGCAAAAGGCCAGAACCCUGAUAUUUGAAGAUGUGCAACUAACCUACAACAAGGAUUACUUUAAGGAUUAUCGCUUGGAACUGACCAAAGAUCGCCAAGCUUUGAAUUGUGAGAUGAUAUUAGUUAAAAAUGUUACCCAGCCUGUGUGGACUAAGUUGACGAUUGAAAUGCAAUCGAAAAAGGACAAUAGUUACAGAUCGUUAUUCAGUUAUGAAUUCAAUAUGUGUGAUAUUCUCGGUUUUACCGGAAGCAGCAGUUCCACGAACAUAUUUAUUUUGUGGCUACAAAAUUUUCUCAAGUACAGUAAGCUGCCGAAAUCGUGUCCGAUUAUGACGGGCACCUAUGGCUGGGAUCAUUUCAAGGUGGAAAGGAACAGCAUACCCCCAUUUGCCAUGACUGGUACAUAUCGCAUAAAUGUUACAAAAUAUUUGAAAACGAACAGCGGCCCAGUACAAAUGAGCGAUACAAAAUUGAGGGUGGCCCUUCGAUUGAAAAACAUUUGA